GGUGUUCCGUUAACAUUACGAGGCUUGUAUGGCAAUUAGCAAAGCACAAUUUACUUUUAUUAAUAUUCAUGAAAAUCAGAAUCACUGAAGCAGUGGUGUUAAACUCAGGCUUUAAUAAAGAUAGUACUAUCUGCAAGUCCGAAGCAAAUUGUACAGUGUUGUGAGCAAGGUAACACCGCGACCACACCACGCAUGCGCAAUGAGUGGCGGUACGUGGCUGGCAAAGGGAUCUAGAGGUCAGUGUGCAUCAGGCAGCCGCGCGAGUUGCAGUAAGUGCUGGGGGAUUCGAUCAAGACUCUGACGGGACUUGAACAGUAUCACGGAAUUAUUAUUGAUUUGAUAAUAAGAUCAAGUGAACUAAGAAAGAAAGAAAGAAAGAAAAAAGACACACGUUGUUCAAACUCGGGUCACUACGCUUCAUAUAAAAAAAAAGAAAAGGUUUGAAAAAUACCUAUUUGUACAUGAACCACAGUAUGAACCACCAACCAGCUUGAUCGAACAGACGAAGCACACCCAAGGAUCAAUGCUAAGAAAAAGCUACUGUUGUUCAGAGACAGCACAAUGAGGAAGGACGAGUGCCCGUUAGACCCGCCGUGUUGGGUCGAUCCUGAGAAGACCACGUCAGGCCUUACAGGCUCAGGGAGGCGUGCGUGACGUGGGCGCGGAGGACCGAGAGAGGUGGCGAGCGUGGGCGUGGGCGGACGAGUGGGCGUGAACAGGACAGAACCCGGUGCCUGGCGGGGGGUCGCGAGAGGGAGGUAUGGCACAAAGCAUGAACAGAUACGUGACACUCAACGAGCUUGGCACCGGCACCUAUGGCUCCGUGGUGCUGGGCCAGAGGAUAGACACUGGAGAGAAGGUGGCCAUUAAGAGGAUGAAGAGAAAAUUCUACUCCUGGGAUGAGGCUAUGAACCUUCGAGAAGUUAAAUCCCUCAAGAAGCUAAGCCACGCCAACGUUGUGAAACUCAAGGAGGUGAUUAGGGAGAAUGACACACUCUACUUUGUCUUUGAGUACAUGAAGGAAAACCUUUAUCAGCUGAUGAAGUCAAGAGAGAAGCACUUCAGCGAAUCCAUGGUGAAGAACAUCGUCUGCCAGGUACUUCAAGGCCUCUCCUUCAUGCACAAACACGGUUACUUUCACCGUGACAUGAAACCCGAGAACCUCCUUUGCAUGGGUCCCGAUGUCGUGAAGAUUGCUGAUUUCGGUCUUGCAAGAGAAAUCAGGUCUCGGCCACCUUACACUGACUACGUCUCUACUAGAUGGUUAACGUUCAGAAAUAUAUUUUGCAAGCAAGAUGCCGGACGCUACCCAGCCAAGCAAGCAGUGGAGAGGCCACAUGAAGCCAAGGCAGGGGCGGUCGGCGAGGGUUUAGGUCGUGCCGUGGUUAAGGUCCGGGCUACAAUUCUAGGACAGCUAGAUCGUUACCAUACCAAAGGACCCUCUUUCCCUGCAGGAGCUGUUAGCCGCAGCAUGCCAGGAUCUCUAGUGUCUGUGCAGGCGGGGGGCUCCAACGUGAUAGGCGUGAGGACACACACUUACCCGAGCGCCAACGCCUCGAGCAUGGCCGCGGGCUCCUUCGCGACGGGGCCCACGCGGUCCAACAGCGCCAAUGCGAAUGUGCACGGCAGGACCAACUGGGCGGCUAAAUACCUCAAAUAAAGUAGCGGUGCGUAAGAGGAAACCUUCAAAACAAAAUGAGACCGCUAGAAGACAGCAGCAGACUGCCGCCCUUUGACCUUCGAGUGGCUGCCCGACGCGCCGUGGCCUUAGGGAGGAGGACCCACAAGA